AUGCGUGGUCUAAUAAGCACACAAGAUCGGAUGUUUAUACAUCCAGUUUUCUUUUUUGGUCUAGUCCUUUUUUGUCUUAUGAUAUUACCAAAUCUAAUCUUAUCUGGUGUUGUUGUGAAAAAUGUUGUACCUGAUAACUGCCCCGGAUGUUAUUAUAAUGGAAAAUGUAUGUGUUCUAAUCAAACUGUCAUGUUUAGAAGAAUAUAUGAUUGUAUUCUUCUGGAAUGCAGAGGAAACUACGCUGACAUUAAGAAAAGGUAUUGCCUAGAUCCAACAGGAAAUUGUAUGCCCAAUGAAGAAAAGUGGCGUGGUACCAUCGAAACUACGUGUGUAACAUUUUACUGCGACAUUAUCAAUGAUAAGGCGCAACUAAGUAUUGUGUUUGAUCUAGUUUGUUUGCCAGAUCAUGUCGUCGGAAGUAAAUUAUACUUUAUAGAACCCCGCGUCGCACUAUGUUAA